AUGCCACAGGCUAUAGAUGAUGUUAAUGUCACUACAAUACUAAGUAUUCUUUUAAAACUUGGAAUUGAAAAUAAUGUUAUUAUAACCUCCAUUAUACCAUUUUGUUACAAAAUCUCAGAUUACAACCGACUUCUCACCUGCAUACACAUGAUAUCUAUGAUGCAAAACAGCAAAAAAAAUCCCAGUUUUAAGGCUUUAGUGAUAAAAAGUGCAUUAGAACUACCUAUUAACGGUUCAACCUUGACAUUCAAAGAAAUAGGACGGCUUUGUGAAUCUUUGGCUGCAACUAAGCUUUAUAGUGAGAAUCUAGGAAACCUUAUAAUUUGGCUUUUGAAUGAUGACCUGGAAGAUCACAAAGUAGAAAUCGUUUCAUUUUCUUCAAUACUAAGGUAUUUGAGUCGCAUGAAAAUAGGUGAUCUAUAUUUAUGGCGUAUAUACAGCAAAUAUGCGCUUGAAAACAUAAUCACUGGAAACCCAAAAACUAUAAUAAAACUCCUGGAAUCAUUUGUGGAUAGAGGAUUUCGAAGUGAGGCACUACUUGGUUCUUGUGGACACAUUCUUGUUAACCAUAUAAGUGGUCUAAAUCCGAUGGACAUUGUUAGUUUGGCACAUAUUUAUCAUUUAUCUAACUACAACCAUUAUGAUCUAUUCAGCGGGAUUUGUGAUAUGUUAGAGAUCAUAGUUGGGCUCAUAGAUUCUAAAACAGCCAUAAAACUACUAGGAUUCCUAAGUUAUGUUUAUGGGCAGACUAAAACUUAUUUCACUCCAAAGCAUUAUCGUUCCAUAUAUCUCAUCUUUAAUAAGUGUUCUAUCGCAUUAGAAAUCUACGAUAUCAAAGACUUUAUGGUUCUAGCUCAAGGUAUUAAACAAUUCCAUUGUGUUAAAUCUAUGCAAUUAGAGAAAAGGUUGGUAAAAUAUUUAAACGAAUGCUCUUCUCAAUAUACAUUAUCACUAGAAGGAAAGAAAAAGUCUCAAAUAUAUGCAUCAAUCAUUUUGUCUAAAUAUAGAAAUGAGAAAAGAAUAACUCAAAGCGAAGCACUCACGCUUAAAUCACAACUUUCUGGAGCAAUAUCUUUAUCUUAA